UAUUAGAUUUGCUUCUACAAUCAAACAAAACACUAGUUAUCUCUUGUCCUAAUAGAAUUAGAGCACCCCUUCAGAAAAAUGGCUCAUCCUCCCUCACAAUCGAACUCUACAGCAGCCAAUAAGCCAAAACGUUCCAACCUUCUCCAUUACAUUGCCAUGUUUAUAGUAGCCUUGAUCAUCCUUGUAGGCAUAGCUGUGAUAAUAAUUUGGCUAGUUUUGAAGCCAAAAAGGUUGGAGUACAGUGUGGAGAAUGCUGCAAUCCACAACUUCAACUUAACGGAUGCAAAUCACCUCUAUGCCAACUUUGAUUUCACCAUAAGAUCCUACAAUCCCAACUCUAGAAUCUCCAUAUACUAUGACACUGUGGAGGUGUCAGUGCGUUAUGAGGACCAAACUCUAGCCACCAAUGCUGUUCAGCCAUUCUUCCAGUCACAUAAGAAUGUGACCAGGCUGCACGUGGCCCUCACGGCGCAAUCCGUGGCCCUGUAUGAGUCUGUGCCUAAGGACCUUAGGCUUGAGAGAUCCUCUGGGGAUAUUGAGUUGGAUGUGUGGGUGAGGGCAAGGAUAAGGUUCAAGGUUGGUGCGUGGAAGUCAAGGCAUCGUGUUUUGAGGAUUUUUUGUUCUCCUGUGUUGGUGCACUUUUCUAAAGGAAAGAGUUUCGAAAGGGCACCUUGUGAAGUAGAACUCUAAACAAGCAAAGCACGUCAAAUGGCCAAGGCUCACUCGCAUGCAUGUUCUCUCUACCCUUGUUAUUAUUUGUUCUUUUUUUGGUUUUAUAAUUUUUCUGAGUUUGCCAUUGUUAGUUGAUGCUAUGAUUCUUUUGUCAGCGUUGUUGUAAUUGUUCUCCUGGCUUGUUAAUUAGUUUUGGUUUUCCUAUGUUGAAAAAUAGUUGUGUCAUGUGUGGAUAUACGAAAGAAGGAAAAGUGGCUGUCAUUCAUCCAAUUGAUGCAAGAUUGUAACUUGGAAGCAUUGCCUGUAUCUUCCUUCAAAGUUAUACAGUUUUUAUUGGGUUACUGCAUAAUAACACUUUGACUUGGUCAGUGGUCAUAUCAUGAGACUUUUGACCAGAUUGGAUUUCA